CGUCGACAUCAUGCACGCCGAGGUGGAGCGGGAGCUGGCGCGGCUGCGGCACGCGAUGCGGGACCUGAACAAGAACGUUCAGAAACUGUCCGAUGUGAACAAUGAGCUGGUGGCCUUCAACCACUCGUUCGGCACGUUUUGCACGGCCAUUAACCUCCAGAAAACAUGCGUCGAGUUUCCGUUGCCAUCGCCGCCUCCCAAGAAGGCCGCCGCCGCCCCUUCGUCCAACUCUGCUACUGUCCUGUCGACGCCGCCUUCGUCCGGCAUUCCACCUCCGUCCACAUCGUCUUCGUCAAAGAUCCCCGUUCUCAAAGUCGCCAGUGCCCUACCGCCGAAAUCGAAUGUCGAGCAUCCUCCUCGACCAAAAAAGGCGAAAAAAGCGCCGCCGCCACCCGCUGCCCCGCCCCGACUGUACCACUGGCCCAAAGGCGUCCGUGGUAAAAUCCCGCCAAAGUACCAGUCGGCGCCGGAACUCGCCAAACUCGAGCGCGUGCUGUUUGUCCUCGGCGAUUCCCUUCGCGGCAUGUCCAUCGGGGAACUGGUCAAAGCCAGCAACAUCAGCGUCAUCCACGCCAAGGACAUUCUCCAAACCCUCAUGAAGCUCGAGCAAAUCAAAUGCAAACGUGAAAAGCAUGGCUUUCUUUAUUGCCGGUCGUGAGCACCACCACCACCACUACUGCAAGGACACCAUAUUUCUAAAAAAGACAAACAUAAAAAGAUUAAAAAGACAAACUUAACAACUUUAAAACAUGUCUAGUAUCAAACAUAUACUACCAAUUUUAAAUCUAUCAGUG